UUCACACAAGUUUAUUGGUUUCCAAGCUUGGAACGAGUAUUGAUCCAUUUCUUAAAUUAAAGGCCUUGAGUUGGCUUAAUCUCCCACCAAUUUAGCUUCGGAAAUUUUGCAUCUACAAACCCCUAUUCGACUUCCCAGUUCCUCCCGCACCGACUAUCACCGUUUUCUUCCUAAAACUCUCUCUCCUUCUUUCGGCGAUCAAUAGAAAUGGCAGCAGCUAGGACGGCCGCUAGAAUCUUUUCCCGAAGGUUCUCCAGCAGCGGGAAGAUACUCAGCGAGGAAGAAAAGGCUGCUGAGAAUGUCUACAUCAAGAAAACUGAACAAGAAAAACUGGAGAAGCUUGCACGCAAGGGACCUAAACCAGAAGAAAAGGCAGGAGGAUCAGUAACCGAUUCCAUUCCAAGUGGCUCGGCCUCAGCAUCAGGAGCAUCAACAGAGAAAAUAUCUAGUGACAAACACCGCAAUUAUGCUGUUGUAGCUGGAACUGUAACUAUUCUUGGCGCUCUUGGAUGGUAUCUCAAAUCUAAAAAGAAGCCAGAAGAAGUCCGUGAUUGAGUUAACAAAUGACGUCGUUUUCUUAUCAUCGACAUCUGAAGCAUGGCAGAGGUGAGUGUUCUUUCCGCUGGUAAAUAAACGAAAAGUUCUUGGUUAAUGAAUACAUUAUGUUUAGAUUUAAAUAGUUCUCUUGGCCUUAUUUUUGUUUACUUUCCUGGAAAAUUAACCUGGAGAGAUAUUGAACAGUGUUGAGCAUGCCCUAUGACAAAGACUUGGUUAAGUGGAUUUCAAUUUCACACUCUUUUUAAUAAUAUGGAAUAAAUACUCAUUUUCCAUCGUUUCUAGCGA